AUGUCUUCGAGGAACCUCUCUAUACAAGAGAGGAGUCGUAUCGUCGCAUUACAUGAAGAUGGAUUGACGCGACCUACUGUGCGCCUCUGGGUCAAUCGUUUUGAAGAAGAAGGACACGUGGACGCCCGAUCAAGACAACCCGAACAUUCCUAUUUAAUAUCGGCGGAGCAGUCUCAGCGAAUGGUUAAUAUUUACGCGACUGCGCCUUUUACUCCAACGCGAACAUUCGCUGAAGAGUUUAUACUAUACGGAGAACCCUCCAUAGAGCAGGAGUUCAUCACAGAAGACCCGCAAAAAAAAAUAAUGAACGAACAAAACAAAAUUUAUAGAGUCCGAUUUGCACGAGAGUACCGAGACAUUAAUGUUAUAAAUUUAAUAACAUCUAAAUACUGGAACAAUAACGAAAGAAAAUUAUCACUAAUUAAUUACUAA